UGAAUGUGUUUUUUUAAUGUGGAGCCUGCGUGUCAUUGUUAGGUGGCUGUGGUUGUUAUCUGUAAGAGUGAAGAGGAUGUGGUUACUGGUUCCAUAAAGGUGGAUGCUAGAGAUGUGUGUUAGACCGAGAUCAGGGUGUGGAUGUUUGGGCCGACAGAAACUGUGGUUUUGGGUCCAAAAAUGGCUGGUUAUUUAUGCACGUAUGGUCGUAGAUCAUUUGAGAAAGGCCCGUUCACUCCCACAGCCCCCUUGCUAUUGAUAAAAAGAGGUCUGCACCUUUUCGACAAGACAGUUUUGUGGAAAACACACUAAUAGUAACAAAUUCUCCUUUACUUAAAGUAUUGGUUAUUCAAUAAUACAAGGACACCUGAAACAGCAAUAACGAGUAAGGAUCACACUAACACGAACAUGAACCGUCAGCAGGAAUAUCAGACUGAUUUGGAGGUGAUUCUGGAAUUUCUUGAGGAGCAUUACAGACAGGAAUCUCGAAGAAAAGCCCUAUGGAACACAAGUGAUCUUUCUGUCAUGUCAACCAGUGAAGAUGUGGACAUAUCUAGAGAGAAGUUACCUGCUGGAGAGCAUUCUAACAUUGUGCUAGAAAAAGAAAAGUCCCAGCUGCAGCCUCCUGCACCUGCAGCUCAGCAGGUCAUGGGAUCUCUGGCCAAAGCAAACGGAUCAGACUCAUAUAAAGACAGUGGAAUGAAUUGCAACAGCAACGCUGUCGAUCAGUCAGCAGUCCUUCACAAUGCACCUGACGGGCAAGUGUUAAACGCACUAAACGGACCAGAGAGACCUUUAACGCUGAAUACAACACCUGAAAAGUGUGCCGAAUCAUUGCCCAGCAUUACACCAGCAGAGAAAGGAAAAAAACUACGUCUUUUCCACUUCAUGUUCGAGAUGCUGGAGGACCCAGGCAUGGCCCACUGUGUGUCCUGGGUGCCUGCUUCGGCAGGCGUCUUCCGCUUUUCUGCCAGACACAAGGAGCGCGUGGCUGAGCUAUGGGGCCAGAGGAAGGGCAACCGGAUGCCCAUGACCUACCAGAAAAUGUCCCGUGCCCUGCGAAAUUACGCCCGCUCGGGGGAGAUCAUUAAAGUGAAAAAGAAACUGACUUAUCAGUUUAGUUUAGCAACCCUCUCUACUUUACAGAGCCAACAUGGUGUAAAGAAAGCAGCGUGCGGAUCAAAAUGAGAACUGAAUGAUUGUGUGUUACGGUCAAUAUUUGUUACUCUCAUGAUAUCUUAAUUGCCUUGGUAACAGGAGGAGGGUAAAGUUAGUUUCUAUUUUUCUUUCUCGAUGAAGGUGAUAAACUGGUGUUUUGUAUAGCAGAAUCUUACCCUAAAUAAUUAACUGUUUGCUGUUCUUUGCAUAGUAUGAUGCAUUAUAAAAACAUGUCCUUUAUAAAUAAAUAAAACUAAUUCAUAUAUAGUGAAUCUAUUUCUUUAUAAUAUAUAACUGUUUCUUUAUCAGUUUUUCAGAUGGCAUUUGAAAAGAGGCAAAACAAAUAAACACAGAUUAAAUAUCUUCUUCCUGCACUGCU